GCCCGGAAGGAAGUAGCGUGCUGAGGGGUGUGGCGGUUUCUACGGUUGCACGGGGGUUCAGCCGUGUACGGAGCGCCUGGAGGGACAGCCUGGUACGCGGCCGCCGCCCCUCCGUGCACGCUCGGCAUCGCUGAGGCUCGGGGGGUGGGGGCGGCUGGAGCUGACGUCCUGAGCCCCCUCAGCUCGCCCACCCGGGAGUCCAGUCCCCUGCCCACGGGUCCGAGCGGAAGCUCCCGGCCGUGUCUGCCUCGCGGAGGAGGGCGGGGAAAGGGCAAGAGGUGGCUUUGGGGUGGUAGUGAGGACAUUUGCAGAGAGGACACUCCUGCUGCUCGGUAGCUGAAGGCCGCUACGGAUACAGGUUCACUGAUGGCUCAGUUGGGAGCUGUUGUGGCCGUGGCUUCCAGUUUCUUUUGCGCAUCUCUCUUCUCAGCUGUGCACAAGAUAGAAGAGGGACAUAUUGGAGUAUAUUACAGAGGUGGUGCCCUGCUGACCUCCACCAGUGGCCCGGGUUUCCAUCUCAUGCUCCCGUUCAUCACAUCCUAUAAGUCUGUACAGACCACUCUCCAAACUGAUGAAGUGAAGAACGUACCAUGUGGAACCAGUGGUGGUGUGAUGAUCUACUUUGACAGAAUUGAAGUGGUGAACUUCCUGGUCCCAAAUGCAGUGUAUGAUAUAGUGAAGAACUAUACUGCAGACUAUGACAAGGCCCUCAUCUUCAACAAGAUCCAUCAUGAGCUUAACCAGUUCUGCAGCGUUCAUACACUUCAGGAAGUCUAUAUCGAGCUGUUUGAUCAAAUUGAUGAAAACCUCAAGUUGGCUUUGCAGCAGGACCUGACUUCCAUGGCCCCUGGGCUGGUUAUCCAAGCUGUACGAGUGACAAAGCCCAAUAUACCUGAGGCAAUCCGCAGAAACUAUGAGCUGAUGGAAAGCGAGAAGACGAAGCUUCUCAUUGCAGCCCAGAAGCAGAAGGUGGUGGAAAAGGAGGCAGAAACAGAGAGGAAGAAGGCCCUCAUUGAGGCAGAAAAAGUGGCACAGGUUGCAGAAAUCACCUAUGGGCAAAAGGUGAUGGAGAAGGAGACAGAGAAGAAGAUCUCAGAAAUUGAAGAUGCUGCGUUCCUGGCCCGGGAGAAGGCGAAGGCUGAUGCUGAGUGCUACACAGCGCUUAAGAUCGCAGAAGCAAAUAAGCUCAAGCUGACUCCAGAAUACCUGCAGCUGAUGAAGUACAAGGCCAUUGCUUCCAACAGCAAGAUUUACUUCGGCAAAGACAUCCCCAACAUGUUUAUGGAUUCGGCAGGGGGGCUGGGCAAGCAGUUUGAGGGGCUGAGCGACGACAAGCUGGGCUUUGGCCUAGAAGAUGAGCCCCUCGAGGCACCCACAAAGGAGAACUGAGGAAACGCUGUCUGCAAGCUCUGCUCGGGCAGCUUAGAGAGAGCUGUGUUCUUUAAGAUGAGACAGAGCGCUCCUCCUUUCCACACUACCUUCCUUGACUCUUCUUACUGUGGUUAAAAAGGAAGAAUGGGCACAAACUUACCCCCUUCUGGGAAGGGAGAGCAGAUGGAGAGUUGUUUUUUGGGUUUAUUUUUCAUUCAGGUAAGUAAGUUGUAUGACUUCUGAGAAGGUGUAUACACCGUAGAUUUGACCUCUGACCUGCAGACACCAACAUUGUCACUUUGAAGCUGGUUUAAGUGGGGCUACUGUCAGUAUGAAGAGGGAGUGUGUGCUGCCUCCUCGUGCUUGAAUUCCUUCAGGGAAAAAUGUACUCCACAGUUCUCUCCCUUGCCUCUAGUGUAGGCAGUGUCUGCGUGUGAGGCUCAUGACACAAGGCCGUCUGCUGCGGAACAUGAGCUGCAGAGAGCGUUGGCCUGCUGGGCUUUUUGACUGAGUGGAUUACUCGAGAGUUAAGCUGUCUUGAGCCCUUUUUAGGAAGAACUUGGUGCUAGGUUUUGCAAGGUUUUCUACACACUGUACUCUGCCCUAGUGUUUGUUGGCUACAUCUCACCGCAGCAGGGCUUGGUCACACCACACACUCCUUUUCCAUACUUUGACCUGAUCUGUGAUUUCAUUUCUUCUUGAAUAAUCUAUUCAUUAGUUGCACUCAGCGUUAAGAUGGGAACAAACAAGCACUGUUAGCUGAUGACGUAGCUCCUUAUACCCACCCGUUAGCACUGUAGUGCUGUGUGGCUAAUUAUGCGUAUACUUUUGAGACCAAACAUCUUUAUCAUUAUGGAGAUUCUUCAUUGAAGAGCUCUUAACACUGUGGAGAAGGGCCCAGCCAGAUGACACCCAAGUAGUAGUGCCUGUGGCCUGUGCUGGGGGUUUGUCUGACACACUGAUGAAGAGAGCAGGCAGCCACUUGAGAGUCGGCUCCAGUGAGUCACCCUAGGAAACUGAGAAUGGGAAGAACAGAUAUGAAAGAAAGGGAUUUCUUAUCCUGAAAUUGCGCUGGGGGCGGGACUCCACCAUGGCCUGUGAGUGCACACAGAAUGCCUCUGUGGAGGGCAGCUCUGCAGUUAAUCGGCAGACAUGGCAGUACCCUGUGCAACCAUGACUGGCUCUAGCUUAAGACUUGGCCUUGUUAGCUGGUCCCCUACCUCAUCCUCCCCACACACACAAAGCACCUACUGUUCUCUCUUAGGUGACUACUAUAAAUGAUAUUUUCUGGCAUCAAUUCCCACCUCAGUUUUGGUUUUGUAAGUCGGGCCAGUUUGCUCCUAAGUGGCACCAGACUUGUCAGGUAUUUGGGAAGCAUUCAGCCGGCCCAAAAAGAGGCAGAGUUCAUUGUGCUUACUUCAGAUGUUCCCUUCUCGGUCCAGACUCCUCAGACGGAGAUUUCUCAGGCCACUGACCCUGGCCACACUGUGUACAAACUACAAAAUGUUCCUGAAAAGGACAUUUUAAUGUGCUCAAAAGCUCUUGCAAAAGUGGGUUUUUUCCCCCAAGACCAACUCAUCUUCUUCCCAUUUGUUGCUGCUAAUCACUUGUUGAGAGCAACAUGCUAUGCCCAGCAUCCUCUCUCGCACAUGCACCUCAGAAAACACUACUUCAGUGGAGUCGGUGCAGGAGGGAGGGUAUCCCGCCAUCCAGCACCCUCCUAGCCCGAGAGGCUCUGUAACUAGCAUUUUGAGAGCUCAUCCCUCCUUCACAAAGAGCCACAAUAGAGUCCUGCUGCAGCUGCUCCUUCCCUGCCCCUUUAAUGUCACUUCUUUAACAAAACAUAAAUGUCCCCAUGUCAUAGCAUAAAUUCAGUAGCUAUUGGUAUCUGUCACAGCAGUAAAAUCAUGGAACUCAGAUGUCUUUUUAGCAUGGGAUAGAUACCUAGCCCAUCUGUCUUUAUGACCUUGUUUUUUGUAAUACUAUAAAAUCUGAUUUAAAGCAUUUGAAUUCUAAACAUAUAAAAUGUGAUAAGCCUGCAGUUUUGUAGGCAGUGAAUUCAUGGCUGCUAUUUUUAAGUAGAACUUCUAUCAAAAUGCGUUAACUGUUUGUAAAAUUCAGUUUUUGUAGGACUUUCCCAAGGCCCAGCCACCUUGACAGAAUGCUUCUCACUCACUAAAUGUUGCAGAAGCAAUUUAUAUUCCAUAUAGGUUUUUAAUCACUUUUCAAUAUAUGGUUAGAAUGUUUGUAAGGAAGCCUAAGUUUAAUAAUUUUUAUAUAACUAAAAAUAGGUGUGGAGGACUCAGUGUGGGUACUGAGGAGGAAUGAAGUGCUCUGAAAAGGGCGGUGUUUCAUACACGAUCUGUGGGGCUGUGUAUCUCGUGAAAGUGAGAUAGCCGAGCUUACUGACCUGGGCUGUCGUCAGCUGGACCUCGAUAAACUGUACCUGGACAAUAGCUCCUCUGUCUGUGAACUUCACCUACUUCGUUGUCCUUAGCGGGCUUCUAGCCACUGUUUGUUUCCUUAUAAAAGCUGGAAUGGGCAAUCAUGUGUUUGUACUUCCAUUCCUUUUUAUCUCUACUUCUGUGUAAACUGGUGAUUGAAUAGUUAAAGCAGUUUUUUCAGUGUGCCCCAAGGGCAUUAAUGAGCCUUUAUAACUGAGAAAUGAUUCUUGUUAUAGUAAGUAUUCCAUAAAUGAUACUACUAGAUAAAUUACCUUGGGCUAAUAGCUCCAGGAUUUGUUUCAGACAACAAAAAAGGUCUCAAUGUGAAUAUACUUAACAUUUUGGAUUUAAUUUCAGUCUUGCUAAAUAAAAUGUUUUUGUCUUUUUCGAUUAAA